AUGUCUGACGUACCUGCUGGUGGUGCUGCUGAUGAAAAUACUCCCAACCUCAAGCCAUGGUUGAACCGAUGGGAAAACCGUCAAAUUGGCUUUCACAUGUCCGACGUCAAUCCCAUUUUGACGCAAUUUGCCAAGGACCUAUUACAGCAUGAUUUGCCAAACGAAGAGAAAGAAGGAGGAGGAGCUUCUUGUUCCACUUCCCGUGUCUUGGUUCCCUUGUGUGGAAAGACGGUCGACAUGGCAUAUUUGGCCAAGAUUUCGUCGGAGGUGUAUGGGAUUGAAGGCAUCCAAACGGCGUUGGUGGAAUUUGCACAAGAACAUGCCCAUCUCAAGAUUGAAAACAAGGGCACCGUGGAUGGAUUUGAACGCUUCGAAGGCAACAAGAUUACACUGUUAAAGGGAGACUAUUUUCAAUUGGGUGAAGUCCAAACCAAAGGUAAAUUUGAAGCCAUUUACGAUCGGGCCUCUAUGGUGGCUAUUGAACCUGAAAUGAGAAAGGAUUACGUCCAAAUCAUUUCGAAUCUAAUCGCCAAAGGUGGUAUUCUACUGUUGGUCGUCUUGGAGCGUGUGGGCCCCGAAGAGUUUGCCAAAAAGGGACCACCCUUCUCCAUUCCAGAGAGCGCCGUUCAAGAAUUGUACGGUGGUUUGGAAUGGGUGGAAUCCAUCAAGAAAGUAUCGGAAAAAGAUUCAUUCAAGGACAAUCCAGCCCAACAACAACGAUAUGCCGGGUUGGACCAACUCUUGGAGACUGUGUACUUGAUUCGAGCCAAAAAGUAA